UUGCAAUCACAGCUUUAGGUAACGUCAAGAUAAAUGCUUGACUCUAAGGCACUAAAUAGUCUCGGUUUUAAAACGUAAUUCUACUUUGCAACGACCUCAUGAAGGCAUUCCAGGUUCCUAUCGUGGACAUUUAACGAGUAGAAAAAGAAUUAAAAACAACGAUAGAAAUUUUCACACUAUACAUAAAAGCACCUUGCUUUAUCAACGUCCUUAUUCUCGAGUAGCGAAAAAUUCCAACAUGUUCGAGCCUCAUCCUUACAACAUUGACGGAAAGUUAUCUUUGAGAUGUUUAGUGACUAAUAAAGAAGCCAGUUCGUUAAUUGGUAAAGGAGGAAGUAUUAUAACUUCUCUUCGUCAACAAACGGGCUGUCGGCUUUCGGUUAGUGAAUCUGCCACCAGCAAAGUUACAGAACGCAUUUUAUUUGUUUCUGGAUUUAUACAUCAACUCCAACACGCUUUUUCUUUUAUCCUGUCUAAGUGGGAUUCCGAAUUAGCGGAGCACGAAUCUUAUUAUGCCCCUCUACCCCCGAAGCCUACCCUUACCCUGCUUGUUCCGAACCACCAGGCGGGGGCACUUAUUGGAAAAGGUGGAAAAAGGAUCUCCUUGAUCCGCGAACACACUGGUGCUAGAGUUAGUUUGUCUUCUGGAUGUCUUCCCGAGUCUACUGAACGCACCUGCUCUAUCACCGGCACACCCAGUGAAGUUGUGAACUGUUUAACUGAAAUCCUCAGUUUUUUAGGCAAGAUCGACAUCACAGAAGUCGUGUUCUAUGCGCCGGUGGGCGUUCUUAGCCAUCAUAGCGACCUCGCGACAUAUGCUCCUCUCCCCCCUUACUUUCUGAGUGAAACGCUUGACUGCCUGGCAGGCUCCAGCAAUGGUGUUGAGGGUAACUUUGUGGAUGGAGCAAAUGAAGAAUCUACAAUGAAAGUAGUCCGCGUGCUCAGUGAGUUUGUCGGUGCAAUAAUUGGCCGAGAAGGCGCCCGAAUCCGGGAUAUUCGGGAGAAUACCGGAGCUAAAAUUAAAAUACAAAAUGCUCUGCGGGAGGGAGCCUACAGAAGCGUUAGGAUUAUGGGGACUUAUCAAGCCUGCGAGCACGCCUGUUUUUUAAUUAACGAAAUCAUCGAGGAAGAAAUUUCUAAAAAAACAGCAAUCCCCUGAAUUAUAGUAACUUGGUUUUGUUAGGCCAAGAAAAUUUUCUCUACCUUUUAAAUA